GCUUACUAAACACAUCCGUCACAUUUGACAUUUCGCUGAAACUUUGCAUUGUUUAUUGCCGAAAGCAGGUGUGAUUUAAAUUCAUUUAAAAUCAAAUAAUUAAUUAAUAAUACCAUAAUAAAAUGGCUGCAAAAGUUUCAUCAGGCAAUAAUAAAGUUUUCCAAGCGGACGAUGUGCACAUCUCAUUUGAAGACCAACAGAAAAUUAAUCGUUUCGCAAAGCACAAUGCUCGAAUGGACGAUCUCAAAAUGGAGUUGGAUAUGAAAAAGAACGAUUUAAAGAGUGUCGAGGAGGCGCUGGAUGAAAUCGAGCUUUUCGACGAAGACGAAGAGAUUCCUUUCUUGUUUGGUGAAGUUUUUCUAACCCACAAAUUAACAAAAACACAGGAAUUAUUGGCUGAAGUUAAAGAGCAAACAUUGAAGGAAAUUGCGGCUAUUGAAGUAAAAGCCAACGAAAUUAAAGCCGAAAUGAAUGAACUGAAGUCACAUCUGUAUCAACGUUUUGGCAGCAAUAUAUCAUUAGAGAGCGAAGAUUAAUUUGUGUGAUAUAACGUGAUGUAACGUCAAUAAUUGGUCAGCAACUAAUGUUGAAUCAAACGAAUGUCAAACUUAAUAUUCAUUAUAAAAUAUUACAACAUCAAAAUUAAAUUAAAUAUUCAUAACUUAAAACUA